CAUCACACGUUCCACUAACACCAACACCAACACAGUCACGGGCGUCUGCCGGUUGCAGAUUUGCAGGUGCCACUGCCCCAGGACACGUGUCGGUUUGGCGGCGCAUCUUCGAGUUCAGCCAAAAAGUCGGUUUAACAAAUUGCUGAGGAAGAUUAGGUGGGCCCCCACAGUAUAGGAGUCCCAUUUCACGCCGGAAAUUCGGACGUUCGUUCCUUUUCGCUUUCCCAUUCAAAGAAUGUUUAUGAUACAAUCUUUCUUCAACUACUCCACCACGGCGUUUCCAAAUACGGCGGCGUUCUGCUGAUUUCACGCUUUUACGCGUCGAACUCUUCGAUUGUUUUAAAAAUAUAUUGAAGAUUUUUCUUUUUCUGCUUUCUACAUAACGAUUUCCCCCCUAAGUUUGAAGAAUUAGUGGCUAUAUUCAAAGGAAUUUGUAAACAUAAAUGACUGUUUAUGAGCUAGAUCCUGACGUAGUGAGGUGGAAUCUCCACCUUAUAGAUGUUUGUUCUAUAAACAACGGUGGUUCUCUCGGAACUGUUACUCAGUAUGACAGGGAUUUUUCUCAAGAUGGAUACGUGAGAGAAGGUUAUUGUGAGCCUACACAUGUUAACGUGGAGAAUGAUGAGGUAAUUGCCCGUGCCCUUCAGGAGGAACUAUCACGACUUUCAGUCGUGGAUUCUGUAGAAUCUUCACACACCGAAGAAGAACAUCGAAAUGCGUCAGUUCUUGCUCAGGAUUGGAUUGCACCGUCAAGGAGAAAUUACAAUUUUGCACUUGAUGGCAAUGGGGAAGACACAGAUAGUAACGGAAUGAUAACAUUUUGCCCUCGCACAGCUGCAUCAUCCAAUUGGGGGUAUCAAGAAGUUUCACCGGAGAUAGAGGAUGAAUCUCUUCUUGAUGGUGAAGUUGGGAAACGGCUGAAUCAGUUGGCUGCCAUCCCUGUGAGUUUUACUUGUAGCUAAAAAAUUUACUCUUACUGAUUUUAGAGACAGUACUUACAAAAUAUUCAGGAUUUCUGAAUAACUGCAUUGCUUGAAUUAUUUUCCGACGCCAAUGAUAAUUUGGGGUUUCUGUAUUUGGAUAUUGGGAUUUCUGCUUGCUUUUUGCAUUAGCUGUAAAUGGGAUGUGCUUUUGGAAUUGCAAUCGCGACUAGUCAUAGUUGGACACUAUCUUCUUAUAGUUUCUGGAAAAGUAAAGUAGGGUUCCAGCUUUUUAGUAGUGUAUGUUGACACAGAAACAGUUUAUUAGUAAACAGGCAUAGGGUGAGCAAGUCUGUUAAACAUCAACUCACCUUAAGGUUAGCGUAAUGCUCAUGAAUUCGCAUCCACAGCUAGAAAAUAAAAGCCAGAUCAGCAGUAAUGAACCAGUUCCUUGUUAACUUCAGCUAAAAGCCAGAUCAGCAGUAAUGAACCAGCUCAUGAAUUCGCAUCCACAGCUAGAAAAUAAAAGCCGGAUCAGCAGUAAUGAACCAGUUCCUUGUUAACUUCAGUUUUAGCUUUAAGAAGAAUACAGGAGAGUGAAAGGGAGACUGCCAUCAUCUUCCCCUUGACCUAAGAAAUUGCUAAUCAGUUGAAAGCAUUCUUUGUUGUCUGAAGAGGAAAAAUAUGUCUUCAGCUGUUGCCUUUCGGCAUUUUAUUUUAGAGGAAGGACAUACCAUUGCUUUUUUAUUCUGUGGCAUAUAAUCGACUCUUUCACUUCUCUGUUCUAUUCUUUCCUCUUAAGAUCUAGAAAUCAGGCACUUGUUUGUUGCUGUUUUAAUUCCUUGAUGUAGUAGAGGAAGGAUUUUCUCCAUAUUCCAAUUUCCCAAUUUCUUUUAUUUAAAAUAUUUUACUUUGUGCAAAGUGAGGGAAAUGGUAGACUAGAUCAGAAGUACUAACAGGUUACAUGUGAUUAGGCCAAUCUUAAGUCAUCCCCAAGGUUGUGUUACUGAUGUUCUUAUACGGAAACCUAGAAAUCUUAUAGCUGUAACUCCUCAUGCGCAGUAUCCUUUUUGGGACCUGUGUGCUUGUCCUUGAAAGAAAUGCUAAAAAGCUUUAUCUAUAGUUGGUCACUUCAUUAUGAGCUAUAGUGGUUUUUUUUCAUUUUUCUUUAUUUUUAUGCCAUAAAUUUCCAGCAGCCAAAUACAAAUCUAUGGUUCAUGCAGCUGCU